AUGCAGCCUACGCAGGCAGAUAUCAUGCAGUAUGUAUUGGAGCCGCUGAACUUGAAAGUCACGGCGAAGAUCCGCAGCUUAUACGAUUGUCAGCUGCGGUUGAUGCACAACAUCCAGCCACUUCCGUCUGGCACUGACAUUGCUAAUACUGUCAAAUACUUCUCACAGACCUUGUUAAGUGUCCUCAAAGAUGUGCCCCGAUCGCCGCUCGAGAUGCUACGAGACGCAGACAAUGACCCUGACAGGAUGAGCCUGUAUCCGAAUCUCGACUACAAAGGCCUGUUUAAUGCUAUAUCACAAUUAGUAGAUGCUGCACCACACUUGCAGUAUGGAAUACAAGGUGAUUAG